AUGCUAUCCUCGCUGCAACUUGUGCCCCCAGCUGCUGUAAUCCACAGUGCAGUCUGGGCAGCAGCUCCCCCACUAACACUGGCUCUCACCAGAGCCCUCACCAGCACAACACGCCGUAUUGCGUCACAGGCACCAAGAGCGAUACACAACUCAACCCCCCGCCUUCACCCCCGCCUUGCAAUCCCGCCAACCUCGCACCACCCUCCCAAGAUUCCCGGCUACCGCCGCCUCGAAACAACCAACACCCUCUCCCCCUUCUUCUCCAGCAACCAACCCCCACUGGGCGACCUCCCUUCCUCCACCUCCUCCUGGCGGUCCCCUCCGCCCUCCUCCCUCGACGAGCGCCCCGUUUUGAUCAUUGGCGCUGGUUCCAUCGGCCGCCGAGUAGCCCUGAUAUGGGCCUCCAACUCCCGCCCAGUUACCCUCUACGAUGUCUCCGAUGACGCCCUCAAGUCAGCGACAGAAUACCUUACUGAUAACCUCGGCGAGUAUUGCGCUGCGAGAGGUACCCACCCCGGGCAUGUCUACACCACCUCCAAUAUCCGAGUAGCCACCACCACCGGCCGUCACGAGAGCGCACCUCCGCCAUCAUGUCCCGCAGAGGAAGCGGAGCUCGAGAGUGGCAGCAAGGGCCCUUGGUUGGCGAUUGAGUGCCUCCCCGAGAACCUCAGUCUCAAGGUCGAUGUUCUUUCGUUGGCCGAGGGCUAUCUACCGCUGGAUUGCAUCAUCUGUUCCAACAGCAGCAGUCUCAUGACGUCGGAGAUGAUCAAGUACGGAGAUAAUGAACUGCAAUAUCCGGAGCGGUUGCUGAAUACGCACUACUUCAUCCCGCCGAGGAAUAGAAUGGUGGAGGUUAUGUCUUCCUCGAAGACCAACCCCAAGAUCUUCCCGUUUUUGACGGACCAGAUGGAGAAUGUGGGAUUGAGGCCAAUGGUAGUUCCACCUGGAGUGCAGAGCCCGGGGUUCAUCUUCAAUAGGAUCUGGGCGGCGUGCAAGAGGGAGACAUUGGAGGUGUUGAGUGAGGGAGUGGCAAGGCCGGAGGAUGUCGAUGCGUUGUUUAGGGAUUUCUUCCAUGCGGAGAAAGGUCCGUGUGAGAGGAUGGAUGAGGUUGGGUUGGAUACUGUUUACAAGGUUGGGAAGCAUAACCUGGAGAGGAGCAGGGAUUUGGGGGGUGGAGAGGCGUUGAAGUGGCUGAAGAAGACUUAUUUGGAUAGGGGAAUGAAGGGGGAGAGGACUGGGGAUGGGCUGUAUACCAGGGAGGAGAGGGCGGAAUUGAAAAUGAAGCAUAGGUUGGAGAAGUGGAAGGAGGUUGAAGAGACACAGGGAGCAUCGCAACGUGGUUUUACUAAUCAUCAUCACAUCCCCAAGAAGCUCAACAAGUGCAUUAUGAGUUCCGAAUCCAAGACCUUCCCUUUCCCAAUUCCGACCUCGAUCACGGGAGGUUGCCUCUGCGGCUCGGUCCGCUACCGCGUCACCUUCCCACCUGACCACGACUUCCUCCGCUUCUCACAAACCUGCCAAUGCACCCAAUGCCGAAAGCAAACAGGCUCUCUCUUCUUUGCUGAGCAUGUCAUUGCUCCAGCUUCCACCGCCUUCACCCUGACUAAUAAAGAGAAUCCCACUCUCAAGCAUUACAGCACCAGUCCAAAGGCAUACAGAUGGUUUUGCUCAAACUGUGGCUCGUUUCUCUAUUGGCAGCCGCUCGACAACGAGAAGGAUUACAUCUGCUUGGCGGUGGGGAGCAUCGAUCAGGUGUAUCUUGUGGGUGGUGAGAAUGAUGAAGGUGUGCCGAAGGAGGGAUAUGGGCUGGCGCUUGUGGGUGGGGGAGGCGAACAUCUCUUUUGCCAGAAUGAGAUCAAGGGCGUGACGGACGAUAUUCCGCUGUUGGGCAGGAAGAGAGGGACGAGAGUUAUGGAUGGGGGUGAGUCGGCCUAGAGGGAUAUCCUUCACUCGGAUGCUUGUACAAC